GUGAACUGAAAUCCUUUUUUUUUAGUUAACAGCACAAGGCUUGACUUUUCUCUGUCAUUUCAUCAAAUCCAAUGGCAAACACAAGAGUUGCAGUUGUUACUGGUUCCAACAAAGGGAUCGGGUUUGAGACUUGCAGGCAACUAGCUAGAAAUGGGAUAACUGUGAUUCUAACUGCCAGGGAUGAGAACAAGGGUCUUGCUGCUGUCCAAAAGCUCAAGACUGAGAAUGGUUUUUCUGAUCAAGCCAUCUCCUUUCACCCUCUUGAUGUCUCCGACCCAGACACCAUCGCUUCUCUUGCUGCUUUUCUUAAGACCCGCUUCGGGAAACUCGAUAUUCUGGUUAAUAAUGCCGGAGUUGGAGGGGCCAAUGUUAAUGUCGAUGUUCUCAAAGCUCAGAUUGCUGAGGCUGGUGCACCAACCGAUAUUUCCAAGAUAAUGAGCGAUACAUAUGAGAUUGUCGAGGAGUGUAUUAAAACAAACUACUAUGGCGUAAAACGAAUGUGCGAGGCCAUGAUUCCUCUCCUUCAAUCUUCUGAUUCCCCAAGAAUCGUCAGCAUCGCUUCAACCAUGGGAAAGUUAGAGAAUGUUUCAAAUGAAUGGGCAAAAGGAGUGCUGAGUGAUGCUGAGAACCUAACAGAAGAGAAAAUAGAUGAAGUGAUCAAUGAGUACCUCAAGGAUUACAAAGAAGGUGCAUUACAAGUCAAAGGUUGGCCAACAGUAAUGUCCGGAUACAUACUAUCAAAAGCUGCAGUGAUUGCAUUGACACGAGUAUUGGCCAAGCGAAACAAAUCGUUCAUCAUCAACAGUGUUUGUCCUGGUUUCGUAAACACAGAAAUCAAUUUCAACACUGGGAUAUUGAGCAUUGAAGAAGGUGCAGCGAGUCCAGUGAAUCUGGCUUUGGUCCCUAAUGGAGACCCAUCUGGCCUUUUCUUUGAUCGCGCCAAUGUCUCCAGCUUUUGACUUUUCGAUCUUGUGUGUUCUGUUCUGUCUUGGUUUGUAUAUUUUAUUAUCUCGUCAAUUUAGCAGAAAAUAAAGUGAACCCGAAAGAAAUAUCAAACAAACAUAUAUCAAACUUGCUUAUGUUAUAAGUUUUUCAAAUAUUUAAAUGGUUUUGUUUUCUUUCUCAAAAUAAUGUAUUUUUCCUCUUGACUAGUACAGUAGUAGUAAGUCCGCCUUCCUUUUCCUAUCUCUAAAAUAACCAGCGUUGGCCCUAGCCGUCAAAGAGUCUUUCUCCGAUGGCCGGUGAUGGAUGGCUUCCACAGCAUCGUCGCCGGUCCCUCUCUCCAUAGUUGCUUUUCUUUGGUCUUGUGUUUACGUAGCUGCGUCGUCUUUCUUCUUUCCCCCUUUCGAUCGGCGGUGGUGGCUCCAUUUAGUGUGGUGGCUAAUACGGUGGCGUGGCGUCGGAUCUUUGGAGUUAACUUGCAGAUCUAUGGUGUUCUUCGAUGGAUCUGCUCUCCUGUGGCUCAGUCAAGGUUUGUUGCUGCUAGGAUGCUUUCUUCCGUUUUUGGGGGUAGAGUUUUAGAUUCUCCGUUUUGGUUGGUAUGUCUCUGAUCUGUUUUCAUCGGCUCUGUUCUCGUUGGAUUGGGAGUUGGUAAUGGUAUUUUGCGUGCUCCGGCUACAUCUGUGGCAACGGCCUCCGUCAUUUAUCUUCAGGUUGUGUUUCUGCCUCGGUUAAUUGCUCUGUUGGUUGGACGCGUGUGUCUUCUAGGUUUGGUUGUGUCUUAAUUUGGUUGAGGAGUGAAGCCUUAGAUUUAAGAUUAGGGUAUCGUCGUCUUAUAUCCUCAUAGUUUGCGGAAUGUGUCUUGGAUUUUGCUGGUGGUUUGUCUCUGCUUUGCCUUUCCAUGGUGUCUCUGGGCUGAGUUUUCAUUCGGUUGCCUCAUCUUACAAAUCGCGGAUGGUUCAGUUCACCCACUUGUUUGGGUUUCCUCCGGUUUUGUUAGAAGGUUGGUUUGGUCGUCUCCGUUUCGCGAUUCAGCAGGAUCCUCUCAGCUUAGUUAGUCGUGUGAUCUUGGACUGAAAGAGUUGAGCAAGUACGUCUAUCUUCCUUCGUUAAAUUCUCUGUCAGGUUUCUCGAUUCGAUUUCUGUAUCUCGCCAUGUUCGUCGUUCUCAUGUUUGGGCUUUUUUGAGACUAAGCUAUUAGCGGUUCCACCUAUUUCCGUAGAUUGUAAUUUCUCUCGUUUGGGCUUAAGUUUCCCUCUUUUGGGCUUUGUUUAUGUUUGUCCGCCUCUUUUGGCCUUAAGUUUCUGGGGGUUUCUAUGUACCCGCCGGCCUUGUCUCCGAAAGGAUUUCGUUCCUUGUCGGCUUUGUAUAACUCAAUCGCAUUCUAUCUAUGAAAUCCUUUAUUCGAAAAAAAAAAAAAAAAAA